AAGGAGAAAGAGAGGAGGAGGGGAAAAAAAGGAGGAGGAGAGCUGAUAUUGCUGGAGCUGCUGGGCGGCCGCUGGCGGCGCUGGAGAGGACGGCAGCCAGCAGAAGCAGCAGCCGCCGCCGCCGCCGCCGUGGCGCUAGAGCGAGGAUGAAGCCGGCGGGGACUCGAGGCGCCCCCGCGGCCGAAGCAGCAGGAGGGGGAGGAGGAGGGGGGAAGGCGGCCGAGCUGGCGCCGAUCUCCUCCGCCACCGCCGCCUCUGCCUCCUGCCCGGCAGGGGAGAAAGUGGUGCACUCCCGCUCGCAGGUGCUCUUCUGCAGCAGCGGCGGCGGCGGCGGCACCCAAGCUCUGGGCGACGCCUUGAAGCUGCUGCUGCCCCGCUCGACGGCCUUCAUGAGCUCGGAGGCCGAGCUGUGGGACUUCCUCUGCAGCCUCCGGCACGAGUUUUCGCCGGUCAUCCUCCGCAGCAAGGACGUCUACGGCUACGCCUCGUGCCGGGCCGUCGUGCCGGAUCUGCCCGGGGCUUGGGCGCAGGAGAAGGAGGACGGGGAGAAAGAGGAGGAGGCGGGCCGGGCCAGCAGCAGCAGCAGAAGCAGCAGCCGGAGAGGAGGAGGAGGAGGAACCGCCGCCAACCAGGGGAAGCGCCCGCCGAGCGACGCCAAGAACCGCCGGGGUGGAGGAGGAAGCAGCGCCAAGCGAGCGGCCAAGAAGCAGCGCAGCAGCCACGACGGGCGCGACCCGAUGCUCUGUGCUCCGGCCCGAUGGACUCCUUCGCAGGGCAGCAGCCCGGAGCCGCUUCCCGAUCCGGUUCCUCCGAUCCUGGCCGCCUUCCCUCCUCCGGUCAAGGUGCGCGGCGACAUCUGGAAGCGGCGCACCUUGGAAGCCGCCCUGCGCCGCGCGCAACGCCUCUUGCGGGUCGACCUGGCGCCGGUGGUGAGGUUGCGCCGGAUCCCGCUGGGACCCACCUGCCGUUGACAGAGAGAGAGAGAGAGAGACAGCAGAGGAUCUCGUCUCGUCUGCCCAGGGACACCCCCUCCUUCAGAAGACCUUUGGAGACCCAUGUCCGGCCGCCUUGUUUACAGUCCCGGGGGGUGGGGGGGG